UUGAGAGAGAAGGAGACUACUAUUAUUAUUUUAAAGAUAAUUGUUCUUCAUCAGAUCACACCAUCUAUUCUGGCUGAGGUAAGAGGGACGAAGACACAUAAAAAAAAAUCAUUCUCUCUCAACACAAAUAUGACACCAAAGUCUCAUCCUGAUCAUUUGCUGAUGAUCAUCAUCAUCAACAUUAAGUCGGGCCUAACAGAUUGAUUAAAAGAGAUAUCAUGGCCGAGAGAUCAAGUGAUGACGACGAUGGCUCUUCCCAAGUUUCAAAGACUAACAAGGACUAUAAUAUUAUGGAACAUAUCAAUGAAGAUGAUGAUGAAGGAGAGGAAGAAGACGACGACAACGAAGACGAUGAAGAUGACGACGAAAAAGAUGAUGAUGAUGAUGAUAGGAAGAAUGGCCGGAGCUCAAGCAAUAGCACAGUUGAAGAAAGUGGAUCAAAGAAGGGAGCUACUUCUGGUGGAUCUGUAAGGCAAUAUGUUCGUUCCAAGACGCCGAGGCUCCGCUGGACACCUGAUCUGCAUCUUUGCUUUGUUCGAGCAGUUGAAAGAUUAGGAGGACAAGAUAGAGCUACACCAAAGCUGGUUCUUCAAUUGAUGAACAUAAAGGGCCUUAGCAUAGCUCAUGUGAAAAGUCAUCUUCAAAUGUAUAGAAGCAAGAAGACUGAAGACCCAAAUCAAGUUCUUUCAGAACAAGGAUUUUUCUUGGAAGCAGCAGGAAGAGAACAUCACCAUAUUUACAACCUUAGCCAACUCCCCAUGCUACAAAGUUUCAAUCAGUACUGGCCUAAUUCCAGUUUGAUUAGAUCAUAUGGUGAUUCUUCAUCAUGGAGAUCAGGCCGUGACCACCAGAUUUAUAAUAGCCCUCGGAACUCUAUUAGGGCUGCUCUUGACAGUGCCAACAGAACAUCACAUGGAUCAGUUCAAGGAUUUAACUACGGCUCAGUUGCUGAGAGAUUAUUACUCAGAAAUAAUAACAUUACCAAUGCUGCUAGUUCAGCACAGAUGGGCACUACUACUGCAAAUUCACUGCUUACGAAUAAUGUUUCAUCUUUCAACAGUGCUAUUUGGAGAACCAGGCACCAUAUGCAAGCUCAUCAAAACGAAUCGUUUCAAAGAUCAUGGAGAACCCAAUUCGGUCAAACCUCAUCAAUGGAAGAUCAUCACAGCAUCAAUAAUAUUCUACCAAAGAAAUUUAAUGAGAAAGGAGCAGAUGAUGAUGAUGACAAUCAUCAAGGGAAUACUACUUUGAUGAAGAGCAGCAGUAGCAGUAUUGUUGGGAGCUCUCAUCAUCAGUUGUCCAAGCAAGAAGGUCAAAGAAAUGUACUAAAAAGGAAGGCAUUGGAUUCCCAAAAUGGUGAUGACUUGGAUUUGGACUUGUCUCUGAAAUUAACACCAAAUACUAAAGUGAAAAUUGGGGGUGGAUUGGAAAAGGGUUUGGUUAUUGGUAAUAAUGAAGAAGUGGAAGAAAAUAGUACUAGUUUGUCCCUUUCUCUGUCCCCAUCUUCGCCCUCAAAGCUUACCAGGUUGAAUAUUGGAGGAGUUAGAAGUAGUAAUGGAAUAAUAAUGAAUAGGAAGAUUAAUAAUAAUGGGAGGUUGAUGGCAGCGAGUACUCUGGAUCUGACUUUAUGAAUGAGACAAUUCUGAGUGAGAUCUUGAGGUACUUGUUUCCAUAUAGAGAUCAUUAUUUGAUCAUGAUUAUUGUCAUGUUGAUUGUACCAUCUAUAGCUACAAUACAAGGUAAGAGUCAUCCCUA